ACCAAAGGUUUUUAAUUUCCCCUUGUUAACGCUCCUCGUACAUUUCUUACCGUAGAGCUCUUUCUUUUUUCCCCUGCCAGUGUGAACGCAAGCAAGCGUAAACCUUCUUCUUCCUUCUUCCUUCUUUCUCUGGCUAUGGCGGAUCGCCUUCUCUCUCUUCUCCAACAAGUACUCUUUUCUCCUCGCGAUUCGCGACGAAGAAUUUAAAACAGAGCCGAGGGUUUUGUCACCGCAUUGUUGUCGUUUGAUCCAGCGGAUCGACUUCCCCGAAGCGCUAAAAAGAGAGAGCGCACCGAGAGAUCGAUCGAGCUGGUUCUUCUACUACUCAGAGGAGAAAAGCUUUGGAUUCUUGUGAGCGAGCGAGCGAGCCGAGGUCCCAGAGUUCUUGGUUUGUCGCAUGAUGGUCAGCAUCCGAGGAGUUUAUGGCAGGUCCCAAUCCAAGGCUUGACUGCGAACACUAAAUGCUUGCAUCCAGGUUGAUGAUCCUUACGCUCUUGCUGUUCAUCCAUCGCUUUCUGGUUUGCCCCUCCUUCUCUCCUCCAUCUCGAUCCUAGCAGCCGCAGGCAGCAGCAGCAGCAGCAGCAAAAGCUAGCAGCAGAGAGCCCUGGAGCUCUUUUUCUUUCUUCCCUGCCACCACUGCUUCUUCUCUCUGUGGAUCAUCCAGAGGUAUAAAUGCUCGCUGUUCUUGCUUUCUCCGCGAGCAGCAGCGGGGUACUUGUCUCGGACUCUCUCAAUUCUCGCAUUGCUCGGGCGGACGAUGAGACUGUCACUAAAUCGUAAUACCGGUCACUAGGAAGAGCUCUCCUCUCCAUAUCUCCAUUUCUUCCUCUGCCGUAUCUCGUUCGUUUCGCUGGUGCUGGUGAUCGUCCAAGCUGUGGUGGUGUCUCUCUCACUCUCAUCAAUCACUCCUCCAUCCAUCCGGGCAGCUCCCAAACAAACCACAUUUGUGUGCGUGAUUGGUACACUCCACUCUCUCCUCUGUGCAGCGCGAGCGCGCUUUUGACUGGCCGGGGCGGGCCGCGAUCCAUCUCAGCUCUCCGCGUGUCUGCUCCGGGCUGCCAAAAACACCAAAGUUCCUUUCUUGCUGGCUCGAUAGCAACCACUCCACGCCUCUCCUCUCAUCGCCAAGAUCACUGAGCUUUUGCAUCGAUCCAGUUUUCCAUCAUCCAUCUAUCCAUCCAUCCAUAGCGCCGCGAGGACACGAGUCCACGACUCUCUUUCUCUGAUCAUCCCUGUCACACCUUGUUGUCACGUCCCAGGAGAGAGUAGCCAUUCUCACUCGCUCGCAUUCUCUGCUACUGCUGCCUGCGUGUGCGCGCGUUGUCCAAGAGAUCUAUCAUCCUCUCUCCCAUCCAAUCCAUCGAUCGCUCCCUCUUAUCCUCUCCUCCCUGCCCUCCCUGCCACAAACGAACGAAGAUGGUGAUUUGACACUAGCCCAAGAUCGGGCCUUGGAUCGUCAACACAUCCUCGAGCGAGCUCCAUGGCCGAGCAGCAGCAAUCCAGCCACAAGCACAGGUCGUGGCAGCGCGGAAUCUCCCCGGGCAGAGGGCUGCGGCGACUGGAGAGCAAGCUCAAGGAUUUGUUCCUCCUCCGCCCGGGGAGCUCGUCCAGGAAGCAGCAGCAGCAGCAGCAGCGCUCGGGAUCGCCGGAUUUCAUCCUCCAGCAGGCAGCGGCGCUGUCGUCGCAGCAAAUCCACAUGGUUCGCAGCGGCAGCUUGAUCAGACCUCACGAGACGCUGGCGCCGGUCCGCGAGGGCCCGGAUGCCGAUGCCGAUGGAGGCGGCGGCAACGGAUCCCUUGGCGGCGGUGGCAGCGGCGGCGGCGGCGGCGCCACCAAGCGGCAGGGAUCCUUCCGGAGCUGGAUGAUGGAGCAGAUCGAGAAGACGACGCUGCCACUGCUGGGCUACAAGCACUCGGACGUGCGGCUGCUGCUGGGCGUGCUGGGAGCUCCACUCGCGCCCAUCGCCGCUAGCAGCGCCCAUUGCCUCUACGCUCGCGUCUCGCCCAGGGAUGGCCCCAUUGAGUCGACGUCCGCGCAGUACAUCCUCCACCAGUACAUGGCAGCAUCCGGGGGCUCCAAAUUCCUGGCCUCGAUCCACAACUCGUACGCGGCGGGCAAGAUCCGGAUGUCUCUGUCGGAAUUCGAGACCGUGAAUCGCGUGGUGCGCACCAAGAACCCAUUCCGCCCCGCCGAGGCGGGCUGCUUCGUGCUGUGGCAGAUGAAGCCCGACAUGUGGUACGUGGAGCUGGUGCUGGGCGGAGGAUCCAGCAAAGUCCAUGCCGGAUGCGAUGGCAAGCUCGUCUGGAGGCAAAACCCCUGGAUGGGUCCUCACGCCGCCAAGGGACCCGUUCGCCCACUUCGUCGCGUCCUCCAGGGAUUGGAUCCGUUGACGACUGCCACCAUCUUUUCUGGCGCGGUUUGCGUGGGCGAGAAGCGGCUGGGUGGCGAGGAUUGCUUCGUGCUCAAGCUCGCCGCCGACCCAUACACGCUGGGCGCCCGCAGCGACGGCCCCGCCGAGAUCAUCCGCCACGUACUCUUCGGCUACUUCAGCCAGAGGACCGGACUGCUCGUCCGGAUCGAGGACUCGCACCUCACCCGCAUCCAGGCGUCGGCGGGCGAGGUCGUCUACUGGGAGACGAGCAUCGAGUCGACGCUGGAGGACUACCGCAGCGUCGACGGCCUGGUGAUCGCCCACUCGGGGCAUUCGUGCGUGACGCUGUUUAGAUUCGGGGAGGUGGCCAUGGGUCACACCAGGACGAGGAUGGAGGAGGACUGGACGAUCGAGGAGGUGGCGCUCAACGUCCCGGGGCUCUCGGAGGAUUGCUUCAUCCCUCCGGCGGACAUCCGGAAGAAGAACAGCGCUAGCGGCGCCGCUGGGCUGGUCAAUCACAGCGGGCGGAAAGGAUUGAGGAGUGGGAUCACUGCCGCCACUGCCGCCGCUGCCACCGAGACUAAUUUGUCCUCGGCAGUGGCAGUGGAGCGCGACAGCCUCGGAGACACCAAGAACAGCAGCCAUCCGCAAGAACAGCAACAAUACACGGCGCGGGUCAAAGCGACCGCGCGCGAGGCCCAAUCCAACAAUGCCAUGUGGAGGGUCGAGGGCUGACCAUUGACUUAUCCUAUUUCUGUUUUGUAAAAAAAGUAACUAAAUAUUAACUUGAUUAGGGCA